GCUAGCAGAAAUAUGUUAAUUUAAAUAAAAACAAACGGGACAAAUAAUCCGAGACCGUAAAACUGAAGAAAAGAGAUUUAAAAACCAGUACUGUGUUUCAAUGUAUGCAUGAAGUACAGAAAUCAGAGCCAUGUGUAGUACGACCUAUUGCAUGGUCAUUAUAUUUAUUUUCAAAAAAAAUAUUUCGGUUGAUUCAAUACAAAGAGUAAACAUUUAGUAUUCAUAUGGUCUGGUACGGCAUAUAGGCCUGCACUGCUCAAAUAACAAAACCCACGAGUUUUACGACGCCGCAGAAGAGGAGCACUUUCUGUGUUUCUCAGAAUUCUGGCAGCAUUUCAACAUCAUAUUUGUCUAACCCCAAUCGCAAAGUCCUUUUUCCUGCCAAGUACAAAUAGAUGCAGGACAUAAUCAUAGAGAAAACUCCGCGUUUCGCUAAUCGAAUUAUAAAAGUCACGUAUGAUUAUCAAAAUGAGAAAAUGCAUCUUGUGUUUAUUUCCUGCGUUGAUUGUCUCGUGGGCGCAAACUAGCGACAUAGUACCUGUGCCUUGCAAUGACAAGACAGUGGAGAAGUUAUCCCGACUGGCGCUUACUUAUGUCAAUGAGGACAGAACCGUGGGCUACAAAUUUAGCCUCAACAGAAUUUUGAACGUCCAUCUUCAUGCACAGGGAGCACAGUGUCGCGAGGCAGCUCCCGGGAUGUGCGCAGGCGUGUCCGGUACGUGAAGCGGUGCAUCUGCGUUGUCUUCAGGGCCCGGCUGGGAAGGUCUACUAUCUGGAUCUGGAGGUGCUGGAGACAAAAUGCCACGUGGGGAGCCCAAAGCCUUGGAAGCGAUGUGACAUCAGACCCUUUAUGGAAACACAAAUCAGCGGAAACUGCAACACCACUAUCCUGCAUGCGCUGCAGGGCUUCUCUUACCUGCACAGCUACGACUGCAUUCUCAUCCCAGACCAACCAGAGACGUUGCUGAAGACUUGCCCCGACUGCCCCUUGCUCCUGCCCGUGGACAGCAGGGAGGCCCUGCAGACGGCGCGGUUAACCCUCCGCAAGUAUAACGGCGAGAAAGCCAGCGGCUCGCAGUUCAGGCUGCACAGCAUCACCCGAGCCUCCCAGAGCACGGCGGCACUGGGCAGCUUUGUGGAAUACACCAUCCAGGAGACGGACUGCACCCUCGAGCAAGAAAACACUGGACGCUGCCAGCCAACAGACUUAAACGGAGAGGUGGUAGGUUUCUGUGUUGGGGCAGUUUAUGACAGCAGGGACAGAGACAUCCAAGUGUCCUGUGAACUAUUCCACUCUCAGGGGGUUGAGAUGCCGAAGCCUGGGACUAUGGGGGGAGGCGCCGGGCUAAAGAAGGUGCCAGAUGAGAUUUCUGCUCAGCAUCAGAAACCCACAGCUGCAGACGCCAAACCCCAAGUGCCAAAGGACCGGGGCCCCAGACCCACAGAUUCUGCACAGAAAGAUGUCGUCCCUGUCGGCCCCAAAGGCAAGCCUGCUGUCCCAAUCCAACCGAAUGCGGCCCCCGAGCCCCCGAAAGCCAAAGCACCCACCGGCCCAAGAGCAUCGCACUACCAGUCCUCAGAAUCAGACUCUUCUGAGUCUUCUGAGGAGGCCAGCGACACUGUUGUCAGGCCACCCCAGGAUUUCAGGUACAAAUAUUCUCGCCAAAAGAGGCAGGUGUCACCCAAUGUCAGGCCGGAGCACAUCCCAGAAUUCCUGAGCCUCUUCCCCAGCACGCCAUCCCCGUUCCGCUCCUGCCCCGGGGCACCGCGCUACACCACUGUGUGAACGAACGCAAGUGCUGAUCUGUUGUGCAUUUUGGCGAUGAACUGACAUUACAUGAAUUGAUAUUUCAUUGUAAUUUUGUUGCCAAAUCUACGACAUGCCAACUUAAUAAAAGUGAUGCAAACUG